GGAAAACAACUUCAAAGACACAAUGAGGAACCAACAGGUCUCAGACCAGUGAAACAUCAUCUUAUCUGUGUUCCCUCCCAGCUGCUACAGUGUCACCAUAUUGCACCACAGACAUCAAGAGUGAAAUUCUGCUGGGCGAGGAGUUUGACUCUUCACCUGUCUGUUCAUGUGUGCUGUCAAACAUCACCAUGAAUCCUGUCUGUUUUCUAAACUUGUCCAAAAUACUGCAGCGAGACUUCUUACAAGAACUCAAACAUGUACACACAUUUCCCCUAUUCAUGCUUUAUUGCACUGGUUACCUGUGGUGUUCAAAACUGCCCCGUCAUACAUCAGUGACCCUCUCACCCUUUACACCCCUUGUCUACUGUUGUCAUCACUGUGAAUCAGUGUAGAUUAGAAAGUCAGCAAAAUGCAUCAAACUUAAUACAAGUUAAUAUCACACAUGAAUUCAACAGCAAACAGAGGAGAGAAGACACAGACUGAAGGCAGUAUGAGGAAGUUAAUCAUCACAGGAAGUAGAUGCUGUGUUCAUUUUAAGAAGCAGCAGGUUAGAGACUUUGACAGUUGAGAGCGUGAGACCAAGAGAGAAACAUGAUGGCUGAAUUCAGAUGGAUUAUAAUGUCUUUAUUUCUGAUGCUGCUGUUUAAGUUUACAGCAGCAGCAACUGAGAAAUAUUCCUUAGUUGGAGAAGAAGUCACUUUGUCUUGUGAAAAUGUGACACAUGAUCAGGAUAACUGUGACAGUGCUACAUGGUUAUUUAGUGAUGGAGGAAACAAAGUGACGCUGUUUGAACACGGGAAGAUUCACAGAGAAGCUGAAGCUAAAUCAGACAGACUGAGUGUUACAGCAAACUGUUCUCUGGUUAUAAAGAAGGUCACACUUGAGGAUGUUGGAUGUUACAGCUGCAGACAGUUGAGAUCAGGACAAGUUUCAGACUCUCAGGUUCAUCUGUCUGUUGUUGACAUGACUGAACAGAAGGACACUGAUCGGGUCAUCUUCUUCUGCUCUGUGUGGAUAUAUGGAUACAUAUGUACCCACAAAGUGAAGUGGCUGUAUGAGGGUGAUCAGAAUGACUUGGAGACAUCACAGACCACAUGUGUAGCCUCUGUGACAUUUACAACAUCUGACUAUAAUCAGAAGUUGAAGUAUUCUGAGUUAUUGAAAUGUGAAGUGACAGAUGGUCACACUAAAGAAGUUCAUCAGUUCACCUUCAGCCCUCCUCAGUCCUCAGGUGAGAAACCAGAUUGGUGGAAGUUCAUUGUUGCGGCUGUGGGUUUAGCAGCACUUAUAAUAAUCACUGUGGCUGUCAUCAGAUGCAAGAGAACUAAAGGGAACAAAACACAGAUGGAUGAAAACAUGGCUGAUCCUGAAGCUGAUGUUUCCUACGCCUCCAUCAGCUACACCAAGAACACAGAUUGGUGGAAGUUCAUCGUUGCGGCUGUGGGUUUAGCAGCACUUAUAAUAAUCACUGUGGCUGUCAUCAGAUGCAAGAGAACUAAAGGGAACAACACACAGAUGGAUGAAAACAUGGCUGAUCCUGAAGCUGAUGUUUCCUACGCCUCCAUCAGCUACACCAAGAACACAGGCUGUAAAGCCAAGGUCUGUGUUGAUGAUGAUGAUGAGGUGGAGGUGGAGAGUGUAUAA